AAGUCAAAAUUUACUUUGUCCCUACCCUGAUAGACUUUGCACUGGCCGCACCCUAUCACGGAAAACAUGUGUUUUUUUCCUGACCACAUUGUAGGUCAGGAUUUGUUCUGUAUAUUCCCGUGACUGGCUUCAUGCGCAAGAUUCUGAAAAUGCUGUUGGUGUGGACAUCCCUUUGUCUCAUCGCUGGUUUUCCACAAGUCAUACACGCUGGGAAUGUUCUCGUGUGGCCAGCUGAGGCGAGUCACUGGUUGAACAUCAGAGUCAUCAUGGACGAACUCAUUGAGCGCGGACACCAGGUCACCGUGAUUGUCCCCACUGGGGCAAUGUUCAUGAAAACCGAGGACUUGGGUCACGUGCAACACGAGCUCCUCAAAGUCAACUACACAAAGGAAGGGCAGGAGGUCAUUAUGAACGAGUUCUUUCAGUUUUGGAUUUUCGAAUUCUCCAAACACUCGUACUGGGAGAUCUACAAGCGGCACUCUGCGGUGAUGGUGGAAAACCAAAGGAUCGCCAAGGAAAUGUGCAUGGCAUUGACACGCGACAAGGACUUGGUCUCUCGUCUGCGGGAUGGCCACUUCCACGUGCUCCUAGCCGACCCAGUCGCAGUGUGUGGUGAUGCGCUGGCUCUAACACUGGGCAUCCCCUACGUCUACUCACUGCGCUUAUCACUGGGCUAUGUGGCUGAGCGCUACUGCGGGGCGAUGCCCGCACCUCCAUCCUACGUGCCCGUGCCCAUGUCUGAUCUCACGGACCAGAUGCACUUCUGGCAACGAGUGCGAAAUACCGCGAUGUACGCAUUUACUGACGUACUGACUUUCAUCAUGGCCAGAGAGUUUAACAAAGCAUACAGUGAAGUGCUAGGAGAGGAAACGACAAUCUGCCAGGUGAUGAGCGGCGCCGAGUUCUGGCUCAUCCGGAACAACUGGGACCUCGACUUCCCACGCCCGUUCCCCCCAAACUUCGUCUUCGUCGGGGGGCUCCACUGCAAACCCGCAAAGCCCUUACCCGAGGACUUUGAAGAGUUUGCGCAGAGCUCAGGUGAGCACGGCCUAAUUGUGUUCUCGCUGGGAUCCAUGAUCAAAUACAUGCCUGUCGAGAGGGCUGAAGUGAUCGCCUCUGCACUCGCUCAGCUGCCACAGAAGGUGGUGUGGAGAUACGAGGGGGAGAAGCCGUCUUCCCUGGGCUCCAACACUAAGCUGGUGCCCUGGCUGCCACAGAACGACUUGCUGGGCCACCCGAAGACCCGUGCCUUCAUUACGCACGGCGGGACUAACGGUGUCUACGAGGCAAUCUACCAUGGCGUCCCCAUGCUCGGCUUCCCGCUUUUUGGCGACCAGAAGGACAACCUCCUGAGAGUGCAGACGCGUGGGGUUGCUAUCGUGCUGGACAUCAACACGGUCACUGCCCAGGAGAUCCGAGAUGCAGUCGACUUGCUCAUCAACAACAGCAGCUACCAGGAGAGCAUUGAGCACCUCUCGCGCCUCCACCACGACCAGCCCGAGCGACCGAUAGACCGCGCGGUGCACGCGCUGGAGUUCGUGAUGCGUCACGGCCAUGCGCGCCACCUGCGCACAGCGGCUCAUCAACUCGCCUGGUAUCAGCUGCACUGCCUGGACGUGGUGGCCUUCCUGAGUGCUGCUGCAGGGUUCGCCCUCACGCUGCCUGUCCUCCUCUGCCGCCUGUGCUGCCACUGCAGGAGGGCGGCCAAAGUGGCAGGAAAGAAGAGCAAGAAGGAGUGAGGAGAGCUGGGGUCACUCUUAUAUGAAAAUCAGUUAUUUCCUUGGACAGAAUUUAAUGAAUUGACAAAACGCAACACAGCUGUUGCUUUGUCAAUGAAAACACAAUAAUAGGUAUUCUUUGGGUCUUUCAGUAAAGUCAUGUAGUUAUGUUCAAAAUAAUAAAACAAAGAAAAAACUACGACGUUUCGAUCGCAACACAAGCAACUGUCAUGAGGAGGAAAUAAGUAUAACCCGUAAAAACAAAGUUUUUCACUAUAAAUCCUUUAUAUGCGUGGCGGCUAGAGUCCUCUCGUCAUCUGGCUUGAGAUGGCUGCCACUUAUGGGUCAGAUGAUUGUCUGCCAGUAUUAAGCAAUUGGUAAUUGAAUAUUUAAUUUGUUUUCCCUAAACAGUGUAAAAUUUUGUAAAAAAAAUUUUCACGAAUAUUAAUUGUCUCGCACAACGAGUCUGUGUGCAAAAUGUCAGCUCUAUUGGAUCACGGGAAGUGGGUUAAAAAAACGACCGAAAGAUUUGCACGGUCGUAAGCAAGCAAGCAAGCACGGAAGCACGCAAGCAAGCAAGCGAACUUAAUAUAAAGGAUUUAAAAAUGAAGGAAAGCUACUCAAGGCAAGCUGUUUUAAAGGUUUAAAAUGGGCAUAGCCUAAGUGUCAGAAUGAAGUGGGUGGGGCACAAGUGCUGUAAAGUCGUAACUGGCUGUGACGUUUCCAAUUUGUCACCUUCCGAUGUUAGUUUUAGUUUAUCUUCUUGGUUCUUUCGGUAAAGUCACGUAGA